ACUUAUCGUUGUUUAGCCGGUUUUUGUAAACUUGUAAACUAACAACAUGGAGCAGCAGGGGGAAGACCGAGAGCAGACAUCUGGAACUGCUGGCAAUGACGCAGAUAUUGCUUCCGUCAUGGGCUUCUCAGGGUUUGGAAAAAAAGCCCGGACAUUUGAUCUGGAUGCAAUAUUUGAGCAGACCAGAAGAACUGCAAUUGAAAGAAGCCAGAAAGUGACGGAGCAGCGAGAAAUGAAAGAUGCUGAAAAGCAGAAGCGAGCGUUAAUGAGAGGGGAUUCUCAUGCUGACAAGGCUUCUGUUUCUGGUGGUAAAGGACGCCCUGCUACGUCAUCUUCCAGACCUCAAUCUGACAGCAGCAGCAGCAGCAGCGAUAGUGAAGAUAAUUCAGAGGACGAAUUGAUCGGCCCCCCUCCCCCAGGUCAGCUGUCUAGUCGAAGAGCAACAGAGGAGAAUGAGGAAUUUGUGGGGCCUCCUCUUCCUCCCGGGUACAAAGACAGUGACGAGGAGGAGGAGGAGGAGGAAGAAGAUGAUGGUUAUGUACUGCAAAGAGUGCAGCUGGCUAAUUUCCUCUUGGGCCAGGCAAAAAUGGCCAUGCUAAGCCGGAGGAACCGGAAGAGAGGGAACCCUGUGAAGCGAAUUCCUGAUACACAUGAAAUUACACUGCAACACGGGACAAAGACUGUCUCUGCGCUGGGGCUGGACCCCUCUGGAGCUCGGCUUGUUACUGGUGGGUACGACUAUGACGUGAAGUUCUGGGAUUUUGCUGGGAUGGAUUCGGCUCUCCAGGCUUUUCGUUGUCUUCAGCCUUGUGAGUGUCACCAGAUCAGGUCGUUACAGUACAGCAUUACAGGAGAUGUCAUCCUUGUUGUGUCUGGGAACUCGCAGGCCAAGAUCCUUGACCGAGAUGGUUUCCAGGUAAUCGAGUGUGUCAAGGGUGACCAGUACAUUGUGGACAUGGCAAACACAAAGGGCCACACUGCAAUGCUCAACAGUGGGUGCUGGCAUCCCAAGAUUAAAGAAGAGUUUUUAACCUGUUCCAAUGAUGGAACUGUGAGGACGUGGGACGUAACCAAUGAGAAGAAGCAUAAGAACGUGUUUAAACCUCGGUCCAUGCAAGGCAAGAGGGUGAUCCCCACCUGCUGCACAUACAGUAGGGAUGGCAAGCUGAUUGCUGCUGGCUGUCAGGAUGGAUCCAUCCAGAUAUGGGACAGAAACCUCAGUGUGCACACAAAGUUUCACUGCCGACAGGCCCACGUUCCAGGCUCUGAUCCAUCCUGCCUGACAUUCUCAUAUGACGGCACUGUUCUGGCCUCUCGGGGAGGAGAUGACACACUUAAAACAUGGGAUAUGAGAAACUUUAAGAAGCCGCUCAAUGUGGCGACUGGUUUAUCCUCCUUCUUCCCAAUGACAGACUGCUGUUUCAGUCCAGAUGACAAGCUUCUUAUGACAGGGACGUCUGUCAAGAAGGGGGCGGGAAAUGGAACGCUUGUUUUCUUUGACCGCCUGACUUUCCAGAAGGUUUAUGAAAUAGAAGUUGCAAGCUCGAGUGUUGUCCGCUGUUUGUGGCACCCAAAACUAAACCAGAUCAUGGUUGGGACUGGGAAUGGACUGGCCAAAGUAUACUAUGACCCUAUCAAGAGUCAAAGAGGAGCGAAGUUGUGUGUUGUGAAGAGUCAGCGAAAAGAAAAGCAGGCAGAGACUCUCACGCAGGAUUACAUCAUAACACCUCAUGCACUACCAAUGUUCCGGGAAGCUCGGCAGCGCAGCACAAGGAAACAGCUGGAAAAGGACAGACUGGACCCACUGAAAUCCCAUAAACCUGAACCUCCAGUCUCAGGGCCAGGUCGUGGUGGGCGUGUGGCAAUGCAUGGCGGCACUUUAUCCUCAUUUAUUGUGAAGAACAUAGCCCUGGAUAAAACCGAUGACAGCAACCCCCGAGAGGCUAUACUGCGCCAUGCAAAGGAAGCCUCCGAGAACCCAUACUGGGUUGCACCUGCAUAUACCAGGACCCAGCCAGAGCCUGUGUUUGCUGAAGAGGAAUUGGAUGACGAGGAAGCAGACAAGGAGCCGGAAUGGAAGAAGCGCAAGAUCUGAACUGACUUCUGCUGUCUUAAGAUGUACGUCAGCAUCAGGGUUUUUAACUCAUGGUUUGUUUGUUUGUUCAUCUCUAAAAGCUGACUUUGUAACCCCUUUACUCUAAUAGACAUGAUGAAACAUUGCUUUUACAUAGUCUGCAAAUCAGCUCCAGUUAUUACUUCUGAUGUCUUUACAAAGCAACCCACAUAACGCUGUAUUGAUGAAUACAAUGCUAUUGAGUGGGCUCAAAGUCUUUUGAACCCGUACAACAAUCUUUAAAAAAAUCUUUAAAAAAAAAAAAAUUCUCAGCAGACCAUAUCCAGGACUAAAUGAUUGGUAAUGAAAGCUGAUUUCUUCAGAACAAAAUAAAAAAAAAAAUUAAAAAAACUCCCAACAUCCCAGUUGCUUUGUUUUGUUUGGAAAGUGUCAUCCUUUUCUGCCUAAGGUAAGGAGUCCUCUAAAUUAGAUCCACAGUUCACAUACAAGAAGUUCAAAUAUAACUAAACAAAAUAUAUUCUAUCUAUUUUGGUUAUUUAAUGUUGGAGUUGUUGAUCUUGUUUGUAGUUGUGCUUUGGAAAUUCAGUACUUACUUCAAUCUUAAAAAACUAAUUAACAAUCUUGUUAGAAUGAUGGCAAUCAAAGAAUAAUUCAUUGCCUGCAGAUACUGAAAUACAUCACCCUGCCUGUAGUUAGCAGGUUAAACCCUACAAGAAAUGUACUGACUUUUAUAAUUCGCCCAAGACAGUUAAUAUGUAGAUUAUUUGUGUAUCCUCUAUUAAAACCCUUGCUUCCCUAAUUCUGUUAACACAACCUUUAAAAAAUGUGUUCUAUGCAUUCAAGCCUGAUCCAUAUUCUUGUUUCUUUGUAAAAGGAAAGUGGUGCCGUGUUAUGAGACAUUGUCACCACUGAUUAUUCCUGGUAUAAUAUUUUACAUCCAGAUAUAUAAACAUGCGAAAACGAUGGAAUAUGCUGUUUAUAGAAUAGGUUCAGCAAUACUGAUGGAGGAAGGGCAAUUGCUUUUGUGAAGGAACAGCUGGCCACCAUCAAGAGAUCCCAGUUUUGUCAAGUUGCUGUUUGAUAUUGCAUCAACAAAUCUAAACUGGGUCAAAUGGUUCCUGUUGGAUACAGAUACUGAUCACAUUAUAACUGAUAGGAUCUCUCUAUGGAUCAGCAAUAUAAAGUGCUUCUCAUUAGUAAUGGCAGACUGGCUCAUUUAAAAGUGUAUUGAUAAGAUCUGUUUACCCUUCCCAGGAGCUGUAAAACUUCUACAUGGUAUCAAAGGGCUAGCAUUCCUUUUAAUCAGUAAAGUGUGUACUAGUUCUCUUGUCAUUUUCUUCUUGGGGUUCUACAUCUGCUGAUUUCAUUAAUGUCCACAUAGUCACUUUAGUUCCCCUAAAGUAAAGUGCGCUGAGUUAAUUGGGAAAAAAAUGACUUGUUUCUCUUGGAGGAAAUAUUCCAAUUUAUUUAUUUAUUUAUUUAUUUUAAACCAAAAUAAACAACACUGUGUAUGUUAGUGUACAGAAAACCUUGGCUUAAUGGAUGAUCAUCUUUCAGCGUAUAUUACUAUUCAUUAUAUUAUACUGUAGUAGUUACUGUUACUGUAGAGGUGGCAUUAGGGUUAACCAAACCCUAAUGAAAGUGAAAAACAUCUUCUGCCUUUCCAUGAAAACAGUUUGUUAGAAUCAUUUGAAGUUGCUUUAUCCAAAAUGUUCAUUUGUGUUAAGAUUCUUUCGUGUAUUGAAUCUCGUUGUUGUAUUAGACAGGAAUGCAUAGUUUCAUUCAUCCAUGUGCGUUAUAUUGCUAAAAUUAAACCUUGUCUCUCUCUAAACCAAGUACCCUAAAACUAAGCACCUUUUUUGCAUCCUUACACUGGACUCUGCUCAUGGUUUGUACCCUGCACAUCUCAUCAAGCUACUUCCUACUCACCCACACAGUGUUCCUUUGCUCUUCUGACCUCGGGAUGCUCUCUGUCCCAAGGAUUAAGAGUCAGACUCGAUUUGAUAGUUUUCAGUUUCAGACCAUUAUGUCCUGAGGCUCAGGAACUCCAAACAAGAAUCGUCAUCAGGGAAUGUGCCUCUUUAAAUCUACUGUAGUCUUUAAAUCUGAGCAAGAACUUGACUUUCAUUUCAUUCCCGUUAAUGUGAUUUAAUUUCUUUGUAAGAUUCAAUGCUCAUCUCUCACAUACAAUGUUUUUCAUAUAAAAAGCUUUGAUUUACAAAGAAACAUCACCACAAAAUGUCAGUUUAUAACCAUGCUUUUGUUUCAUGAUUAAACAAAGUUUCAAAGUGACCCCCACUA